UCGAACAAAUUAUGGUGUUUAGUAACAUAAGACUAUAACAAAUAUUUGUUUUUUAGGCACACUGACAUUCAAGAAAAACCGUGCGUAUCUUAUAGGAUACCCCGCGGCAACGGUAAGGUGUCUUGCAAGCGUAGUUUUUAUUAGUUGACCAGUUCAAAAAUAUGACGACUGACCGAGCAGCUUCAGAUUCUUAUUUUAGUAAAGUCGAUGGAUACGAGUCUAAAGAUACACCUGCAAAAUACAGAGGAGCGAUAAAGUGUUUGAAACCUGUACGUCGACCACUACCAAGCAAGUACCGCUCUCCUCUGGACAGUGGAGGAAUUCUUAGCGUAAUCACUCAUUCAUGGUUGAGCGAAUCUAUCUACAAGGCCCGGGGAAAAAUAAGUCUCACCGACUUACCUGGCAUUUCCGACCAUGAUUCACCACUACAAUCUGCUGCAAGAAUGUACAGAUUGUAUGCCGAACAACAGAAUAAAAAUGGGAAACCGAACGCAAAGAUGUUUUUCUUUCGUUUCCUGAGAGCACGAUUGAUUGUAUGUACGCUUCUUGCUUCGUUUUAUAUUCUUAUUCACACUCUUGGGCCCGCUGUGAUAAUUAAUUUACUAGUUCAACACAUUUCAUCACCAAGUGCUGGGAUUGGAUAUGGAGUUGGACUUUGCUUUGCAUUUUUGCUGUGCUGUAUUCUGCGUGCAGUGUUUUACAAUGCAACAUGGAGUGUGUCUAUAAGGUCUGCAAUACGAAGUCGAUGUGGUAUUUGUACUUUAUUAUUCUGGAAGAUAGCAAAUCUUCAAACACUGAAGGAAAAGAGCAUCGGCCAGAUGAUUAAUUUGUUGGUGAACGACACUCAACGAUUGUUUGAGAUGAUUUCUUACGGUAGUUUUGUGGUGGCCGCACCUGUAGGGUUGGUGGCAUCAACAAUUUAUGGAUACUUUGUGGUCGGAUGGACAAUAUUUGUUGGAAUCAUAUUUUAUGUUGCAUUUGUUCCAUAUCAGCUGUUGCUGGCAAAAUUGGAAGUCCAUCUGCGGAAGAAAGCAAUUUGUUUUACUGACAAGCGUGUGAGAAUGAUAAGCGAAAUAUUGAACUGCAUUAAACUAAUCAAGCUUUAUGCAUGGGAGGAAAGUUUUAUGGCUGUUGUAGGUGGCAUAAGGAAAAAAGAACAAUCCGUGCUUUUAAAAACAGGAAUAAUUGAAUCAUUACAGAACUCCGCAAUUGCAAUAGCACCUGCUGUUGCUUCAGCAUUAACUUUACUUGUUCACACUUUAGUUGGAUAUUCAUUAACAGCAGCUCAGGCAUUUACCGUCAUUGCAAUUUUUCUUUCACUUCGUAUUAUAUUGGCCAUUAUGCCAAGAGCAAUUAAUUCAGCAGCUGCGUCAGUAGUUACUUUUAAAAGAUUUGAUGAAGUUCUCAGCAUGACAGAAAUGCCUGAAUACUCCAUUGACACAAAAGAUGAAAAGAAUAGUAUUGAGCUAAAAGAUGUGCUUGUCAAAGUUAUGAUUAAAGUUAAAGAAGAUAACAUAAGCAAAGAGGAAAAAGAGCAAGAAGUUGUUUUGAUCAAGAAAAUAAAUCUUAACGUCAAAAAAGGAAGGUUAGUUGGAGUAUGUGGUCCUAUUGGAAGUGGAAAGUCUUGUUUAAUAUCCACAAUUCUUGGCCAGCUUCCUUUUCAAAUGGGAAGCAUAGGUUUAAAAGGAUCCAUGUGUUAUGUACCUCAGCAAGCUUGGAUAUUUCAUGCCUCAGUUCGUGAGAAUAUAUUGUUUGGAAUGCCAUGGAAGGAAGAAAAGUUUAACAGAGUUAUAAAGUCGUGUUGCCUUGAACAAGAUAUUAAAAGUUUUCCAAGAGGGUAUGAAACUGAAAUUGGGGAGCGAGGAAUUAAUUUAUCUGGAGGACAAAAACAACGCAUUAGUCUUGCAAGAGCUGUGUAUAGUGAAAGAGAAAUUAUUUUCCUUGAUGACCCUCUAUCCGCUGUCGAUGCUCAUGUUGGAAGACACAUCUUUUUUGAAUGCAUCAAAAAAGAUUUAAGCGACAAAACGGUUUUGUUUGUCACACACCAACUUCAAUAUUUGAAAGAUUGUGACCAUGUUGUGUUUAUGAAGGAUGGUAGAAUUGUCCAACAAGGUUACCAUGACGAUCUCAUGAAGCAAGAGGAUUACAUGAAUCUGUUAAAAAAGUUUGAAUCUGCCAGUGGCGAAAAAAACAAAGAAAAUACAAAUAAUUCCCAUUCAAGCAUGAGUACUAAAGAAUCCAUCACAGAAUAUGAAGAUAUGAAAAAAGAAAAAGUAGAAAAAGCGCAUGCUGCAGCAAGUGGAGGGUACAUCAUAUUCAUUGGAGUGAUUCUCAUCAUCGGACUAUUUAUGUUAAGUACGAGUGCUGCAACUUGGUGGUUAUCUGCUUGGCUUAAUCAGGGUGGCAUGGUCAUUGCUUGUGGAAACAGUUCUUUGCCUGUUGGAAAUAAUGAAACUUGUACACCUACACGAGAUGCAAACAUAGUGACCAACCCCAGGAUACAAUUUUAUCAAAUUAUAUAUGGUUCAUUUAUCCUUGGGACGCUUUUAUUGGUAAUAUUACGAUGUGCCUCAUAUGCACCAGCAAUGCUACAUGCUUCCACCACACUACAUAACAAGUUGUUUAAAGUGAUCAUGAAGUGUCCGAUAGUUUUCUUUGACAGAAACCCAACCGGUCGCUUGCUUAACAGAUUAUCACAAGAUGUUGAUGAAAUGGAUACACGUCUUCCAGCAAUUCUGCAAGGAUUCAUUCAACAGAGUUGGAUGCUGGUAUUUUACAUGGGAACUAUUGUUGUCGUUUUUCCUCAAUUUCUGGUUGCCAUCGUAUUUUUUUGUGUAUUCUUUGGGAUUCUAGUGUAUUUUUACAGAAAUGGAGUUCGUGAAUUCAAAAGAAUUGAAAAUGUAUGCAGGUCUCCUUGGAUUUCUCACUUGACUGCAACAAUACAAGGGUUAUGCACUAUACAUGUACAUAACAAAACUAAUGAUUUUAUAGACAGAUUUGCUUCUCUGUUUGAAGAUCACUCUAAAGCUCUGCAAGCCUAUUCGUUUUCUUUGCAAUGGAUAACUGUUCGCCUUGAGGUGAUCACAGCUUUAAGUAAUUUUUUAGUAGCUCUUCUUACUGUUAUUGUUGCUGCAUAUCCGGAUGCACUUGGAAUUGCAACUUCACCAGCACUUGCAGGAUUGGCACUUACAUUUGCAGUUCAGUUGACAGGUUUGUUACAAAUUCAUGUUCGAUUUUUGGUUGAAGUGCAAGCUUUGUAUACUUCUGUGGAGCGAGUAAGAGAUUACAUUACCAACUGCCCUUCUGAAUCAACCAGUGUCAUACCAGAAUCAACAACAUCAAAAAUGUGGCCAAAACAUGGAAAAAUUAAAUUUGAAAACGUUUCAAUGCGAUACCGGGAUGGAUUGCCUGAAGUUUUGCACAAUAUUAGCUUUGAAAUAAAUUCAAACGACAAAGUUGGAAUUGUUGGCCGUACAGGCUCAGGAAAAUCGUCUCUUGGUGUUGUUUUGUUUCGUUUGGUUGAGCUUAGUAAAGGUAGAAUCCUAAUUGAUGAUUUCGACAUAUCAAAGAUAGGUUUACAACAAUUAAGAUCAAAGAUGUCAAUUAUACCUCAAGAUCCUGUUCUUUUUAUUGGUACUAUCAGAUACAAUCUUGAUCCAUUCAAGCAACAUUCUGAUGAAGAAAUAUGGCAAGCUCUAACAAUCACACAUAUUAAGCCACUGAUUUCUGAACUACCAAAUAAGCUGGAGACAGAGGUUGUAGAAAAUGGUGAAAAUUUCAGUGUGGGAGAAAGACAACUGCUGUGUAUGGCCCGUGCUAUACUACGUCGUUCAAAAAUUAUUAUGCUGGAUGAAGCCACUGCUGCUAUUGAUAGUGAGACUGAUACUUUGGUGCAAGACACUAUUCGUGAAGCUUUUACUGAUUGCACGGUGCUCACAAUCGCGCACAGACUCAACACAGUGAUGACUAGUGAUAAAAUAUUGGUGAUGAAUAAUGGCGAGGUGAAGGAAUUUGAUAAAACAUCAUCUCUGUUGUCUAAUUCAAGUUCAUACUUUUAUAAAAUGCUUCACAUGAUACCUUUUGAUGACAAAACUUCAAACAGACCUAACCUUAACCCUCAAAAUAUAAAUACCUCAAACAGUAAUGCAACUCAAGAAGAUAUUACAUGUACAUCAGAUGCAAUUAGUUAUGACAAUGAAGCAUUUGAGACAGAAUAAAAUGUUCUUCUCAAUAUGACAUAAUAUUGUAUUGUUUAAAUAUAUCAAACUCAAUUUCAACCAUAUUGUGUACAAACAAGCAGGUAUUCUUUAUUCAGUGUGCCACUUCUUACCCUGCAUAACAUUGCAUAUAUUACACAUAUUUUGCAUAACAUCAAA